CCGCCGUCGACUUGGAUCACCCUAGGAAAUGAGUCGAGUUUUUUCUACCCUCGUUAUACGAUGAUUUCAUCCCGCGAAUCGAAUCACGCGCCCCGUCCCUGGGCAUGCGCUUAGAUUGCGCUGACCGCAGACCGCCUUGCCAGAUGCAAGCAGGAGCUAGGGAAAACUCGUUCCAUGGCAUUGGCAACCGUACAUGGCAAGAUGUACCUUGGUAGAGAGAAGCAUUUAAGAUGAGCGGAUUUCACGGGAGCUCAUCGCUCCCAGAACACUCCUCUUCCUCAGUCUUAGCACCAAUAUUGUUAAGAGUAGGCUAGACCGGCAGUCCUCCCAACGUCAAGAUGAAGGGAUCUCUGUUUACUUACCUUGCCACCUUCGCUUCUUGCUUAAGCAUAGGCGCUGUCAAUGCUCAGGUUUUCGACCCGAACAAGGGUAGCUCUGAAGGAUGGGAUCCGGCAGCCGUUGGAACAAAUAAGACGACCAAUGCGACCUUCUCAAAUCCGGUUAUGACGCUUAACAUUGGCGAUCCAUUUAUGACUAGGUACACCGUCAAUGGCGAGGAUUGGUAUCUGUUCACAUACACGACGAACACGAACAUCACCCUCAGACGCUCAAGAUACCUAACCGACAACUGGGACAAUGCGGAGAGUCGUGUCGUUUUCAAUCCAGAUGCUAACAGCGGGGAACCGUGGUCCACGAGUUUAUGGGCUCCCGAGAUUCACAACAUAUCCGGUUCUUGGUAUAUCAUCUUCACUGCGACGUCAGACGGCGACAAUCCGGCGCCUCUACUCGAUGCUAUGUGCCCUAUAAAUUGUCCUGCAAUUAACCACCGAAUGUUCGUUCUGGCAGGAGAUGGUCCUGAUCCGUGGACUGCCAACUUCGAGAUGAAGCCCAUGCUGGAUACAUACGACAUGUUCGCCAUCGACGGGACAUACUUCCAACAUGACGACCAAUUAUACCACAUCUACUCCUGCUGGGAGCAAAAGUACUCAUCGUGGCCCGCCAACCUCUGCAUCACACGCAUGUCAGACCCGUGGACGAUCAACUCAACCCUCACCGAGCGCCGCAUCAUCAGCAUCCCCAACGAGCCCUGGGAACAAGUGCCGUACGGCCGGCCCAUCCGCCUCGCGACCAACGAAGGCCCGCAGCAGCUCACGAACCCCAAGACGGGGCAGAACUUCGUGAUAUACUCCGCGGCGCGCGUCAACACGCCGUUCUAUUGCCUGGGCAUGCUGGAGCUCGUGGGCGACGACCCGAUGGAGUACCAGUCGUGGCGCAAGCACACCUCGGGGUGCGUGUUCCACCAGAACACGGCGGCGGGCGUGUACGGGACGGGUCACGCGAGUUUUACCUCGUCGCCGGAUGGGUCUGAGAGUUACAUCGUGUACCACGCGCAGACUACGGCGAACCCUGCUGCGGAUCUGUACCGGACUGCGCGGAUACAGAAAUUUGGUUGGAAUGAGGAUGGCACGCCGAAGUUCCCGAAAGCAGAGAAUGGGCCGUUCGGGGUUCCGGCUGGGCAGUUGGCUUUGACGAAGCAAUAGGGGGUUAGAGUGGUAAUAACGAAUUAUUAACGAUAUACGUUUACAUAAUAGCGAUAAUGAGU